UUUACGCAUUAAUAGGCUCCACGUUACAAAAUCAACAAACUAAGAAAUUUCUUUUGUAUGCGCCUUGGGAGACCAACAGCACUCAGCCUAAGCCACAUUUUAAUACAGCACAAUGAAACUGAGCUUCCAUUUUAAGACRAUGUGGAGACUCAACGUUAGAUGAUUCAAGACAUGCUACAUCUAUUUAGUCUUUGUAAUCUUUGCGCGGGAAAGGAAAAUGGUGGUUCAAGAAAUCCUCCCAGUAGGCACUCAAAAUCAUUACGAAUGGAGCGGGGAUUCUUCAGCAUUAAUGACAAUCAAGCAAAUAGAUCACAGUCUUUCAGUGCUGCAGCAGCACGGGGUGUUAGACCGAUCCCACUUCAUCCCUCUCCAGCUGAAUUAGAAAGAAGACAUUCCCAAAAUGUUCGACGUAGACAUACAGGUCUUUUUGGGUCCAGACCAGCUGUCAAAGUUCCUAGAGUAGAAAGUGCCUUAAAUAUGUUUACAAAACUUCAAGCUGGUCUUAGUGAAUGUGCUACAUACCUUCAAGAAGCUUUAAACAGUGUAGAACCUAAGAGAAAAAGAUUAGUUGAGCAAAGAAUAAGGUUACUGGAAUCAAGACUGCAUGAGAUGGAAGAGCUGUUUCAACUCUAUAUGUAUCAACAAAAAAUUAGAGAAGGAUCGAAAAAUCUUAUCCAUGCAUUGGGACAACAAGGAUCCAAAGAUGGGCUGGACAAGUGCAAGUCAAGUUAUAAAGAAUGUACUGAGAGACUUUGUGCCUUAGAGGAGGAAUUAGAAAGCAAAUUAGGCAUAUUUAGAAUAAAAAUAGAAGGAUUAGCAGGAUUUGGAAGACUUUGUAGUGGAGAUACUUAUGAUGUUUUAAUCAAACAUGGGUCGUCAUUUAAAUGGAAAGCAAGGUGUAAAAUCGAUAAAGAUGGACAACGAUGGAUUGAUAGUGAGUUUCCACUACUUCCGAGAAUUAACGAUGAGCUAUCGAUUAGAGUGGUUGAAAUGCGUAAAAUUCAAGCUAAUUUAUCGGUUGGCAAUAUUAUAUUGCGGUCAAGAACCUAUAUCAAGGCCAGACCACAGACGUUUUCGGUCCCUCUAAACAGCACGGGAUCUAUGAAGUUAAAACUUACAGUGGAAUGGAGACCUUUCUCUGGCACAGCAGAGAAUACCAUACGAUCAAAACGACCUCAAAGUUUACUCUCAGAAGUCAUCUUUGUACCUGGCGGUGAGAAUAACGAUGCCAUGUCGAUCUCAACCAGCCCAGCUCACAGCCAAGGAAGCAACAAGAACCUACAAUCAAACAACUCCCUAAACGAUAGUGAGGACGGACAGAGAAAAUAUACGCCCGAAAGGGCACAUCAUAUUGCGAUCAUCGCCGACUCUCCACCAGUGUUUGAGAGGGACUACAUACUCGGGAAUGGAAUAUCAGAAGAACCUGAAGAAUUCAGGCACGCCACAUCUCUAGACCGUGCGGUAAUGCACUUGAUACCGACAUUUCAGUCGCAUAAAGACCAAUACCCUGAACUGCAGUUAAUGAUUAAACAGUUAGAAAAACUGGAAGAAAUUUUAAAGAAAUGCAGCCUCUCUCGCUCAUCCAUCUCGAUAUCCGUUGAAAGUGCUUUGGAAAGUUUUGAUUUCCUUGAAGAUAAUGAAGAUGAGGUCGAAAGCUCAGCAAGAAGCGUCAAAAGCGAUGGAAGUUGGCACCAGGACACUGGCUAUAACAGCACGGACGAUUUUGGUCGGGACAGUGGCGAAGAAGGCUGUGCAAAAUCCCCAUUAAAACUACCACAAUUUACACCGGAUACCAUUGUCGAGGCUUCGGAAAGUAAUUCAUCGACCGAAAUUAUAGAGACAUGUUUUGGAAAGGAGGAGUUUGAAAUAAGUUAUAAAUUUAGAAAGAGAGAAGAUAAAGAUGAGACAAAUAAGGAAUCAGGGAAGUCGGAUCAAGAUAAAGGGGAUGUAGGAUCGAAAGAGGAUGAAGCUCAGGGCGUGGCUAUGGAGGAUCUAGAAGCAUUGGGGGCUACGGGUAAUAGGGGUAGUAUCAAUGAUGGUGUCGGAAGAUCAAGGCCGAUAAGUCCUAAUUUAUCAUCAAGCGAUAGUCAAGAUGUUACUGUAGGAAACAAGGCAUUAGACAAGGUCAUUUUAGCACACCUACAACUGUGCGAAGAAUUAACUGGGUUCCUUGGAUCUUUUGGACCAAUGAAAUUUAAGGAAACUAUAGCUCUCGCUAAGUUAAGACGCCAAGCGAGGGUCCUAGAACUGCUUCUAGACCUUGCAAUACAUAAUGAUAAUGAAGAAAUUACACUUGAAAGAGCUUGUCCUGGAUUGUUCUCGAACGUGCUGGUGUGUUCUAUCUGGCAAAAUAGUAUACGAGCAAGUCCAUUGUAUGUCUUAGCCAAAGAUGUUAGAGAAUCUUUCGAAGAAAGAUUUAAUUCACAGAUAAAACAAAGUUAUAACAGAGUAGCAGAUAGUGUUUUCCCUACAAUAAUUGGUCGUAUCAUACACCAAGAUGGUGACAUCAUAGAACCGAUCGUCGAGGACGAUGAAGUUAUUAGUGUUUAUCAGUACGAGAACUUUUUAUUGGAACAUUCAAGGCACAACACCACUAAGUACGUGGAUGAAGUAGCAUAUGAAUUAUUAAUAAGCAGAAGGUUGUUAUCAACUGAAAAAGAAGCAGUUGUUGCACAGUUGAAACAGUACAGCGAAGUGCCGCUGACCAGGAUUUGUUUUUGCGCUGUUCUUUCUCUCCUGGUUGAUACAGACAGACAUUUAGUUCAAGCGGCAGAAUCAUUUUUGUGUAGUCUAAUAAAGGACAGCGAGGCAAGGCGUAAGGCGGUCACCCUGGCAACAGAAGCAUUAGAAGAAUCAGAUGAUCGAUUAAGAGAAGGGGCCUGUUUGGCUUUGACUGUUCUCCAGGUCAAAGAUUGCAUAGCACAACUACGUUAUCUAAGUCGCUGUGACGUACCUAACGUAAAGAUAGCAGCAAAAAAAGCCUUGUCUUCGUUUGGAGAAAGUGAGGAUUCAUCAAGAGGCGAGCCAUUUUCAUCAAAUGCUGGUUUGGAAGGCCUGCUGUAUUGAAGAUAUCCAAAAAAUAUAAUUAAAGUAUUCCAGACAAAUCAGUAAGAGUAUCAUAAAUAACUAUAGGAUAAAAAUACCAAGUCAUACGCCAUCUUGUAUCAGGUUAAGGUCUUGUAAACUCACAUCCAGCUGAUCUGAGAUCGUAACUUAGAAAUGACGUCACUGCAAACUGAGGUGUCAUGGAGCCUGUGAAAAAUAACCAACGAAAAAUAAAAAUGUGUUCCCCAUUGCAAUAUAAAUAUAAAACUCAUUAUUUAUUGUGUUACUGUCAUCAACCUCUUAUUAGCAAUUUCAUUAUUUUUCAUUUGGUAGCCUGGAAAUCCAUAAUUUCAAGAGAAAAUUGACACCUUAGUUUUGAAAAUGUUCUCUAUUCUGAUUGGCCAAUAUUUUCUCUCAGAAUAGCAGGAUGUAAAGUGCUGCCCUUUCCAUCCCCUUCACCUCGGUUGGGACAUCUCAGGUACAGGUAGAGAAAUACUUAUUACUUAUCCAACGAUGAAGAAAGGUUUUAUUCAGCAUGUGCGCUGUCCAUGUGGGACGCAGCCUUUUGGAUCUUGAUUGAUGCAAUUUAAUUUAACCCGAGUCUGCUCAUCGUUGAAGAGGGAUCUGAUCCAAAGUAUUGCGGCUAUACUUUUAUUGUAUUAUCGAUAGCCCUUGCUAUUAAUCUUUUAAAAUACCUGUUUAAUCUUUUUAAUAUUCUAGAAUGUUGUUACAUAGAUUAUAAUUAUUUAAUUUAGGAAAAUAAUUUCCGGAUCCCAUUUCAAAGCAUUUUAUCGCCGUAACAAAAUAUUUUUCUAAGGCUGUUGAGAAGCGUAUGGAUAUUUUUAAGGGGUUUUAUAAGAGAAUUGUUCUGUAGCUUUGAA